AUGGCGGACACCUCACAGGCGGCAACUUCGCUCCUGACGGAGCAUUUGCAGUAUACGCCUCUAUCACUGAUCGACGACAUUAUCAAUUCAGUCAACAAUUUUGUGUACCAGGGCGUUGGAAGUCUGGAGACCGGACUCCUGUCUACACCUCCGGAGAAACUAGGAUUCAAGGCAGUCGGAGGCGGCGACGGCGACGGGCCGGAGUUUCCAGAUGCAAAGCAAGAGAUUGAGGAGGGUCUACACAAACUCGAGACGCUAUUGAACUCAACAGUGGACAAGAACUUUGACAAAUUGGAAAUCUACGUGCUGAGGAAUGUCCUAUCUGUCCCCGCAGAUCUGGUCAACUGGGUGCGGUUGAGCCACUACGAGAACAUCUCAUAUCCACCCUCUGAGAACGCACCGACGGCAGAAAGCGUACAACUACUUCGCCGCAAACUAGCCGCAUCACGAGCUGUGUCCAGGGCUCUGUUGGAGGAACAAACCUGCAACGAGACACUACUUCGGCAACUUCGAGCGAUUGUCGGUCAAGGUGAUCAUGGCACAGGAAACAGCACCAGCGGGGACCUUUCAUUCCUCGCCAAUUCCACAUCAAUGCACGCCCUGGAAGGUACACCCAACUCAGACCAGCAGUCGUUGACCAUCAACACCAACUUUGCCGUCUCCCAGCUCCCUGCGCUUCGAGCCCUACUAGCGGACCUUCGGCCGAAGUUGGCAGUAUUGAAGAACUCCAACACGGGACUGGCUAUUGAAAGUGCCAAGGACGAACUCCGUGAAGAGCGACGUGGUUACAUCGAGCAACAGACACAAUCACUUCUCAAGCGCAAUGGGGAGAGUAUGGCCGAGCAUGCUGCCGUCGUGCCUGGGAGAAGAGUGGAUGCUGAGGAAGUCCAAGCCAUGGAGAAACUCGCCUCUCUGUUCGAUCCAGUAUGA